AUGAACACCGUUUGUUGUCUCUUUGUGACCCUCCUGUUUCACCAGGCUAUCAGCGGGGUGGUCAGAGGUCCGCCAGCGUUUUCAAAUCCUGUGUACUCAGAUUCUUAUCUUCCUGCAGCCAUGCAGGUGAUAUUCCACGCGGUGGACCAAUUGAAGCUACUCCAGUUAACGGAAGCGAUUGCUAACACCUCGCCCAUCAGCCACAUAAACUGGUACGAGCAGAAUCAGGAAUUUUCAACAGCCUCAACGGAAACAGAGACCACCCAAUCAGACAAGGGAAUAGAGGAAGAUGGCGUAUCGACGGAAAUAAUCCCUGAAACGUCGAAUACCGUAGAAAACACGACGAAAUCGUACGAAAUCGGCGAGGAAUCGACGGAAAACACCUCGAGUGAACCGAUCGAAGAAACCUCGAACCAUCAGGAAUCGCCAGAGGUGAACGCGGAAACGCCAGAAACGAACUACGCGACACCGGAGACGAAUUACGAGACGCCGGAAGACGUGCAAGACGUCCAGGAGACGAACGAAGAAGUCCCUGAAGAGAAUCAUCACGAGUGGAGUCUAUCCACCGUCGACACGAAUGCUUCUUCCGCUACGGAAACGACCGCAGGUAGUGAUGUGCCAUAUUCGAAAUAUCGAUACUUUUCAAUUGAAAUAUCGAUACUUAAAGAAUCGAUCGAGCAAAAGAAAAAGGAACCCACUGUCGAGAGCGUGGUCCAGGAAGUGUACGAAAUUCUACGACCUACACCAUCGGAAUUCCUGGACGUGGACACUGCGACCAUGACGGAGUCGAAAAACGCCGCAGGAGUUUCGGUCGAAAACGAAACGGAGCACACUGAAGACGAGAACGACGAGAACAGGUUCACACGUCUAGGCGAGAGGGUCACGCAAGUGCCGAGGCCAAGCCUAAUCAGCUACUUGAAACGCGCCCGAGUGCCGCCGAGCGCGACUCUUCAGCAGCUGGCGAACCUGUACGACUCGCUGAGCAAGGACGCGAGGAAACAAGGCUUCGGCAAGUACACUGGAUACUCCGACGAGGUUCUAAACACCUUGGAAACGUCCGCAGAGGGUGGGAUCGUGCCACAACUAAAGCAACUCUUGGAGAAGGUCCUGGAACGAAACGAACUGAUGCGAGUGGACUCGAGGAACAAAACCAGACAGGCUAUCCAAGAUCUGAACGAUCCGUCGAGCAGCCUCAACAAGGAAUUGAGGCCCCUGUUACCUUUACGAUACUCGCUUUAA